GUAACCAUGCCGAUAGUCUGCGUGUCUUUCAUUGCCCAUAACCUCGUUUAGCACUGGCUUUGACCGAGGUCUCGGCUCACACAUUAAUCACUUUGACGCCAUUUUCGUUUUAACUUAUAUCGUUGGUUUCUGUGUACAAUCUACGUUCUGUGGUUGAGCGAGAAAGUUUCUCAAAAAUUUCAAUUGUUUAGUAAUUGCGAAGUUUUUGAAAACAAAUAGUUUCAUAAAAGAAAAUUGCUUCUCUUGGACCGACAAUUAGCUGGUCCAUUACUUCGCUGUUAGAAGAUGAAGGGCCACAGCCGCUUUACAGACACUGAGAGAAGUGGAGGAGAAGAACUUGACGAAGGAGUCAUUGAAGUACAAGUAAUACCACAAGACGACAAUUGGGGUGAGACAGCGACUACAAUAACUGAGACUACAGCUACCUCAGUUUUAAGUGGGAUUAGUGAGACUAACCUCAGUGAUAUUGGGAAAGAUUUUCAGCCUUGUCGAUUUAGUUUUCGCCGACAUUGCAGCUUUGCUAUAACCAUUUUCGUUGGUAUCCUUGGUGUGUUUUCACCCGUGGUAUUUAUAAUCAUACCAUUAUUUCUGGGAAAACGAGAAGAAUACAUGGAUGACUGUUCAACUAAGGGCAGUAAUUUAAACGAAUGUGAUGGUUUGUAUAUGAGUUUAGGAUUUCGUGAAGUUAUUUUAAUUGCUGGUAUUUGGGCAUUAUACUUUCGUUCUCCGCGCAUUAACUUCCCUCGUGUCAACCGUUUAAAAUUUGGUGUAAUGGGUCUUGCAGCUAUAAUUGUGAUGUCUUACUGGGUUAUAUAUGCAUACAGAGUGCUUGAAGAAGGUUCAAAAUCAUCAAAGUCUGUGGCGCAAUUUGCUCUUUCACUUGCCGACACUUUGCUGUUUGUACAUUAUUUGUCACUUGUUGCACUGUGGUUUCGUCAGAGCAGGUUGACGUUUACUAUGAAAGUCAUUCGAAGUACAGAUGGUGUUAGUCGAUUUUAUAACGUUGGUAUCAUGUCUGUACAGCACGCUGCUGCGUUUGUAUUAAAUCACUAUUACAGAGAUUUUCCCGAGUAUAAUCCUCUGCUUAUGUCUAUUCCGUCAUCGCGCAAACACCAAAAUAAAGAAACGACUAAUAUCAAAUUUUACGACAUCGAUGGUAAAGUGGGUAGCGAACCAUCAAAUGCUAAUUCUCGUGCACGUGCAGUGAUUGCAGCUACUGCAAGAAAACGUGAAUCAAGACACAACGAUCGUUUUUACGAAGAGGAAGAAUAUACACGACGUGUAAAGAAAAGACGUGCACGACUAAUUACGGCCACUGAGGAGGCAUUUACACAUGUAAAGAAGCUCAAGAUGGAAAGAGGUCCUUGUGUUCCAUUAGACGCAGAAGAAGCCGCUCAAGCUAUAUUUCCAUCACUGGCAAGACCACUUCAAAAAUAUUUGCGCACAACACGGCAACAAUAUCGAUACUCCAUGGAGUCAAUUCUAAAACACUUGGCACAUUGUUUGAUAUUUGAUAUGUCUUCAAAAGCUUUUCUGGAGCGAUAUAUCAGCGAACAACCUUGUGUUCAGCUUUUGGCAGAGAAUAUAAAAAGCUGGAGUUUAGUGUGCGAAGAACAAUUAACUUCAAAUAUAACAAAAUCGACAGUGUUUCAACUUGUUAGAGAUGAAUAUUCAUUAGUGGUUACCGUAAAUGAAUUACCACAAUAUGACAUUCACGAGGAGGACUUCGAUUUUGAUGACAAUCAGUUUGUACUUCGUCUCAACUCGGAGACUUCUGUUUAAUGACAUCGUUCUUAUAUGUAGGGACUAUCUUUGUAUAAUUGUCUAUAUAUGUAGUGGCUUGCUAUAUGUAUUUUUAAAUGUGUGGUAGCGUUCUUUUAAUUGGUUGUACAUAAAAACGCUUUUCUCUGUCGUGCUGCUGCUGCCCGGAAAGUUUUUUUGUCGUUGAACAAGCUGGAUGUUAUUGUUAAUAUAAAAGUUAGUUCACUAGAAGUGUUUAAGUUAUUAAGGUUGCAUUAAUCAA